AUGACGCCGAGAACGCCUGGAUUUGGGGGCACUCCAACAGCACGAUCCACAUUUCUCUCCUACAAACUACAAUGCGGCGUCGGAACGACUUUAGGCAGCGUUGAAGAUAUGGUUGGGGCCCUGGAAUCCGAGCCAGUUCAAAUGCGGAGUGCGCGAGACACUGAACGGCUGCUCCAGAGCGACUUCUGCGACAGAGAACUUAUUGCAGAGCAACUCCGACAAAAAUCUCUACUCGAUGACGUGUACGAUGCAGGAAACGGGAAAAUUUGGAAAGUGGCCCAGUUCUCGAUGUUCCCUUCGGACUGCAAAGGCAGCUUCCAGCACCGAACACGGUCAGGGGAUAAACUGCAAGAAAUCUCCGAGUGGCUUCAGGAGUACAAAAGGCUCGACUGUCUUCCCGAAAUGCUCGCGAAAGGCGCUUCCCCAGCGAAUCCGUCUUUCUUCCUCGACCUGUGUGCUGGCCCAGGGACCUGGUCUGAUUGGCUUCUGGACGAAAUCGAUUUCAUCGACCAGACACGAUUGGACGGCGAUGCGCAUUCGCUUUCUCCUGAUAUCUCUCCACAGACCGCCACAGAGGAAGAUAGGUCAACGAGGCUGGCUGCAGGUCGGCUCUCUGGACCAAGCUGCUACGGGUUCGGCAUCUCUCUCAACAUUUCUGACCUCACUGCAAUGAGAGACACAAAGUUCUGGCAUAUCGCGAAAGAAGUCACGGAACGGCCCAAUUACGAAAGCAUAACGGCGUUGAACAACAGCGGCAAUCUCUAUUGCUCGAAAAACCUCAAACUAAUGAAACAGAAAAUCGAACUGCGAGUGGCUGAGAUUCGGGAGCAGUGCGCAGCCCUCUUGCCCCAAGCGGACUCCGCACCCGCGAGCAAACAGAGUCUUUCCUUCAGAGAUCAAAGGAGCCCCUCUCGAUCUUCACGACCACGAAGAUCUGGUGACAAAGGAGUCAUCAAGCUCAUCGUUGCCGAUGGCGGCAUCACCAUACCAAAGAAGUCUGCAACGGGGCAGCACUUGGACAACUACCAGGAGCUCCUGACCGGGCGGCUGUUGCUCUCGGAGUUCCUUAUUGCUUUCCAACUUCUCCAGCAAGGCGGCACCUUCAUUUGCACGGUCUUUGACUCCUUCACAGCGUUCACCGCCUCCCUCUUGUACCUCUGCACUGCGUUGUUUGAAGAGGUUUACAUGGUCAAGCCUUCUCGAAAUCGGUGGACGAACUCGGAAAGACAACUUGUCGCUCUAAAGUUCCGCCGUUUCCGCUCCGUCAACCUCGGCGCCUUGGUCGCUGCAUCGACGGAAGCGGGGGGAAAACCGCACUCCUUACCUUCUCCCGCGUUUGCCCCAGCAGCCCCUCGCCCGGAAAUGUCUUCCUCUUCGCUGUCCUCUUCCGUUUCCCUGGCGAAGCGGGCACCAGUGAUGUUUCCGCGCGUCUCACGCGUGUACAGUGCGACGGUCUCAAAGUUGACGCAAGUGCACGAGGCGCUGUCUGAAGCCGCGACGCCAACCGACUACUACACAGUUCUCCCGGAAACGCUUCUCCGCCGGUCGUUCCUGAAGGGUGACGCGUUAUUUGUCGAGUCGUACCGGCGUAUGUGCGUCGAGCUCUGUCGGCUGCAGUGCAUCAGCCUGCAACAGACCUACGCAAAGUUCCUCGAGCUACAGCGAAACCCUGGCCAGCUCCAGGAGCUGAGACAGCGACAGCGGACGCUCGAGCGCUGCAUGAAUGCACUCAAAGGCAGUGCAGCGAUCGCUUCGAUUUCCACGAUGGGCCGGCCGCCCUCAUGCGACGCCAGUCAGUACGCAGGCGACACGCCGUCGCCCUACGGAGGCGACAGGACGCGCCGGACGCUCGACUUCUCCGCACUCAGUCCGGGCACGCAUUUCAACGGCAAAUACGCAUGCGCGACGGAGCGAGGCCCUCAUUCUCCGGGAGCAGAAGACCGGAGCGGUGGAAGCAGCGUCGCCCGAACGCUCGGCUCCGCUUUCUCGCCAGCGAGCUCCGGAGAGGACGACCACGGCGGCCGUCUACGGAACGCGGCCGAGGAAGCGCGGGAAAAAGAAAUGGAAGCAGACUGGUGGCGCGUCGGGGAACGGCGGCGACAGAGAGGGAAAGCAACGGAAGCGCUAGGCAACAAGACGGUACCAGAACCCGAAGUGCAGCACCAGACGCAGGCAACGGUAGGUAAGAACCCGACUGCUGAUUUGGCGUCUUCCUCGUGUUCCUGGGUUUCUGGAGGGGCGAGCGCCUUGUCUUGGAGGAGACAGGACGAGGCAAGGCACGAUCCAGGAAGCCUGCCAAGUGGCGAUGUGGAACCGUCGACGCGGCAAAACGCAGACCAAGCGGACCCUCGUCAAACGGCGCCCUGCCGCUCUUCAGCGCCUCCGUCGUCGACCGCGCUGGGUGUCCCCAUCUCAAACGCCGACUUUUGGUGCGGCCUGCUGCGCAGUCCGGACAGAAUGCCGACAGGCGAGAGUUCCAAACACCGACCUACACCUGUUUCGGCAAGGGAGGCUGCAGAGGAACGUGCCGCGAAGGCCGAGGGCGAGUCAGCCAGGCAGAUGGAAGAAGCGGAAGCGGAGGUGGAGGCAGCAGACAGCGCGGGGAAGACAGGGGACGGAGCGACGAAGCGGGGAGAAGCCGAAAAGGCGGAAGAGAUUACGAACGGAAUCGACGCAGAAGUGAUUUCUUUGAUUCAGGCCCCCGAAGUGGAUUUGGCCGAGGAGGCCCUACAGGACGAGGCCUUGUGCAGUCAAUCGCGAAGCAUUCUCCUCUCUCAGGCAAUGGGAGAAGAUGAUCUGGUCGCGCCUCUGAGUCAGCCGCACCGGCAGACGGGAAUAUCCGUGUCUGCCGAGGACACAAACGAUGCACGCGUUCCUUCCAGAACCCGUACGACGCCGUCCACGUUUGUCCUCGCAGCGCUCUCUGGAGAACAGAGAGAAACGCGGGAGGCCGCCGAAAGGGAGAGCGGCGGGGUGCUGAAUGGGACGGGGAGCCCGGGAGAGAGGGGAGCGGAAUCUCGCGAGGGAUCCUCGUCAGAAGAAGCAGAAGAAGAAAACGCAGCUCACACUGCCGUGUCGCUUAUCGAAUCGGUCCUGGACUGCGAUCUCGGAGAACUCAAUGCCAAGGGCGAGGCGCUUGCAACACGCGUCAUGCACACAGUGAGCGCAAGGCUUACGUGCUUCAACUCAAUGGCAGAACCUCCUUACUCUACUGUGGAAGGUGACAGGUGGAAACAGCCAGAGACGUUUUCAGCGCAACUGCCGUUUCCCUCGAUGUCGCCCGGCCUCGCCGCGCCCACAGGGCCCGAGCCGCCCGUGAGCUCGGCUGUCUCCGCUCCGUUGCUCGCCUCUCCUCCGGGAGUCGCCCGACGCGCAGCCUCACGGGAGGAAGGAAAGCCGAAGGGAACAGCGGGAACGGCGAACACCGAGGGCGAGAAAGCGCGCAAGCUUGUGGACGCAGAGGCGGGACAACGUGCCCCGACAAUGAGUUUACCGGAAACGCCAGGCCGACGCAUCGACACACACGUGACAGCAUCUGCACAGGCGCCGGAAGAGAGCGACCGCAAAACAGACGGCGCGCCUCUGCGAAGCGGCGACGUCUCGGGCGAAAAAGAUCCUGGAGAUGUGGUCUGCGUUCUCGCGCCGCCGAUGCCGAAAGCGGCUCUCUCUUCACAGCCGAACGGGAGAGGGCGGACGGGGAGAAGCCCCGCUCUGGAAAACUCAGUUCGACGCAGAAUCACCAACAAAGUUUUAAGGACUCUUAACGCUCACCUGCACGGCCAGGGCGGCCCGAGUGGAAGUUGUCUCGUUGGUCUCGCUGACACAAACGAGAAGGCGACACCUACGGAGGCGCUGUCGAGAGCGGGAAAACAAACGCAAAGUCCCCCAAAACGGGAGAGCUUAACCCCUGAGGAAGUCGCCAGCUUUCUCCACGGAACCGUUGGGAGAGCAGAACGAUGCGAGGGCGGCAACGCUCAUGAGAGACAGAGAGCGCCUCUCUCUUGGAAGCACGCAACCGUUGAAGAAGAUGGGAUCAGCACAGUCAGUACACUCCCUACAGAGACAAUUGAUAUUGCUGUCGGCAUUCAUGUGGAUGAGAGUCCCUGA